UUUAAUUAUCCCAAAUCAUCAUAGUAACACAACUACAAGUAGAACUUCUAGAAAAAAUAUAGAAAAAGGUAAAAAUAGUUUCUCUUGUGAGAUUUCAUCUAAUGUUAGUAUUCUUUUAUUUUCAUGAGAGGAUGUAAUUGUUCGUACUCCUUGAAUUUAGAAAGAGGUCUUGUACUUUUUUCUACUUGCGAAAGUUUUCUACUAUUGUUCGUGUAAUUCCACCAGAUCGAAAAAUUAUAUAUGUAUCCUCCAGUAAAUGUAACAGAUGGAUAUGCAGUUCAUAGUCAAAAUAGGCAUACCCCUCAAGGCCAUGUCCAACAAAUACCAAGUUAUGGCAUGCCACAACAGUAUCAGUAUGCUCCUCCUCCUCCUCCUCCUCCUCUAUAUAUGACCAGCACCAAUUCUAGGGUCAUCCCAAGGACACAUCAAUGGUCAACUGGUCUUUGCCGUUGUCUUGAUGAUCCUGGAAUCUGUUUGGUCACUUGCUUCUGCCCUUGUAUUACUUUUGGAUUGAUAGCAGAGAGAGUAGAUAAAGGCAAUUCAACUUGCACUUGUGAUGGAACAAUUUAUGGGGCACUACUGGCUGUGACAGGACUUGCAUGUUUAUAUUCAUGUUAUUAUCGGUCCAAACUAAGGGCACAAUAUGACUUGCCAGAGGCACCUUGUAUGGAUUGCUUAGUUCAUUUUUGUUGUGAAACUUGUGCUCUUUGUCAGGAAUAUAGAGAGCUCAAAAACCGUGGAUAUGACAUGAGCAUAGGGUGGAAAGCUAACAUGGAAAGACAAGGGCAAAGAUCAGUUACAGUGGCACCACCUAUUUCACCAGCUAUGACAAGAUGAAAAAUUCCCUUUGGGAGAUCUUUUUACUAGCCCUGGGGACUGUUCAUGUUGUUUCAACUUCUUGAUUUGUAUUUAUUUUGUUUGCGCAUGGUUUGAGUGGUUUUUGUUAAUUUAAUGAAGAUGUUUGUAUUAUACGAUCAACAAUGUAUCAAGCUUUGGCACUUAA